AUGUUUAAACCAGCAAAAAAAUAUAUUACAAAAUUUUAUUUACAACACUCUUCAGACCUAAAACGUGUUUUUCUGCUACCGUGCCUAACUUUUUCUCUUGACCUCUAUAUAAUACACCAAGAACCAGUUCUUUCUUAACACUGUCCAACAAGCUCUACACUCUUCUUCCCACAUUUCUGGUCCCUGCUCCAGAAAUGGCUUCCAAUUCCAUUUUUCUUCUAGCCAUUUUUCUAGUGGUUACCUCAAAGGUUUUUUCUCAUGAAGAAGAUCUUAAGACAGUGGUGAACUAUGUAAGUUCUAAAGUUUCUGCACCUUCACCUGCACCACCACUGAAGGCACCAACUCCUUCCCCUCCAGGGCCAGUGACCACACCAAGUCCAACCACACCCCCUGCUAAGGUACCCCCUCCUCAGUCCCCAACAGUGAAGCCACCAGCUCCAGCACCACCACAAGUGAAGCCACCAGCUCCAACACCACCACAAGUGAAGCCACCAACACCAGCACCACCACAAGUGAAGCCACCAACACCAGCACCACCACAAGUGAAGCCACCAACACCAGCACCCCCAGUGGUUUACCCUCCUCCUCCUCCAUCUCCAAUAGUGAAGUCAAUUAAGGAUUGUCUUCCACUGUGUGAUGGUAGGUGCCAAUUGCACUCAAGGAAGAAAUUUUGUUUGAGGGCAUGCGUGACCUGUUGCUACCGUUGCAGAUGUGUUCCUCCUGGAACUUAUGGCAACAGAGAAAAGUGUGGCAAAUGCUACACUGAUAUGUUGACUCAUGGCAACAAAUACAAGUGCCCGUAGAAUCCUCCACCUAUUAUUUAGUAGCACCUAAGUUUUUCUUUUUCUUUCAAGUUAUCAAGUUUGAAUGCAUGGAUGAGUAUGUGGUUUGAUCAAGUUGCUGGUGUACUUAAUAACCAUCAUAAAUUAUACAAGUGUUGAUCCAUUGGUUCAGCACUAUUUUGUGCUGUCUAUAGGAUCAGUGUGGUCCAUGAAAUAUCAUAUGAUUAAUAUGAGGAAGUAUUUUGGUGUACUCAUUUGAGAAUUAUAAUUUCUUGCGGUGAUAUCUUUAAUGCAGAUUUGAGAACUGCAUAAUUAAUUUGAAGGUGACCCUUUUGAAGA